AAUUUAACAUUAUCUCCUUUUUCCAAAAGCCAUUGGACUGCUAAUACUCCCACAGUUGUGAGGCUACAUGGACACAUUGCCUCAUUCUAAUAUCUAGUAAUAGGUAAAUGAAUUUGAAAAGAAAUUCUGAAGAGAUUGAGCUAGAUCAUCACUAUAGCAUAAUCAAGCAUUCAAAAAUGAAAUAUCUCAUUGAUGUUUGCUGAGAAAAUUUACUUAUUAAACUAUUGGAAUGCUUAUGAAUUUUGAGCACCUCACAAAAGUUCUUGAGGGCCCUGGAGACCAUGAGGGUAGACUCAUGCACAAAGCUCCUAAAUCAAAAAGUAUGCGGAGAAACCUACAUAAUGCAGGUUAUAAGGAGAAGUGGUUCAAGCUGGUGGGAAACCUGCUGUUUUAUUUCAGACUGAAUGAGCAAGGCUGUGUCAGCAAAGAAGAGGCAAGUGGUGUGCUGGUGCUAGAAAAUGUUGAUGUUCACAUACAAGGAGCCUGCCCUGGUGGUGAACUCUUUGGCCUGGCCCUGACAUGGAGGGAUGAUGUCAGUAAAAGCCAUCUAUUUUAUGCCUCUUCUGAAAUGAUCAGAAAUACUUGGCUGCACAAACUCAGACUAGCAAGUUAUGAAAACUUGAGUGCCCAUCUGUUGCACCUUCGUUUGCAGAUACGACGGCGCACUGGUAAGGAUCCUCUAGAGCACGAGUUGGGUCGGCCAGAACUGUUCCCUUGCUCCGCGUCGCCGAGCACAUCUCACGUUCCCCUGCAGAUGCCGUGUGCGCAGCAGCAGCCUGAGCCUCAGAGUCAGUUCUACGCCAGCACCACAUGGUACGGCUCUUCACCUUGUCUUAGCUCCUCGGCCACUCCUCGCCUCAUAACUCAACCGUCUCUUUCUCAGCCACACAGUCUCAAUGUUUCAGCCUUGAGCUGUGUUGGGGGCGUGAGCAGUGGGAACAGCAGCACCAGUGAAGAAUCUAUCGGGCCUCGGAACCCAUCCUUCAGGGCCCAUGUACACCUCAGCUGAUGCCCAACAUUAUUCCAUUCUCUGUAGUCCUUGACACAUUAAUAUUAAAGAGAACUCAGCACCAAAUCUCCAAACAGGCACUACAUUAAUUUAUGAAGAGCUUCUCUCAUAAUAAUGAAAACCUGGAAACCACCCCUAUCAAAUCUGCUCACAUGUGGUCAAGUCUAGUGUGAACUUACUGAAUUAGUUUUGCGCAUUGUGGGGAAGUUCCAACUAUGUUGACCAUCCCACGUGCAGGUGAUGUGGUGAACUCGACUUGCAUACCUUUGUGCCUUAGCAACAACCAAGAAAAUUGGCAACUUAUCGUUAUUGUUAAGAGUAUCUACGUUUAUAAUGAUCGUUACUCGCCACAAUUUUUGUUCAAAUGAUGUUCAGUUAUUUUGAAUUAUUUUACCCGCAAAAUCAAACGCACACAUUUUUACCUUGUACACCUUGCCUCUUGUAGUCGCAGGACCGUCACUGACCUUAACUUAAUUUGCACUUCUUAAUUCUUAACUUAAUUACACAUCAGUAUGUGCUUCCUUAUUUGCAAUUGUGGCCUGCUUAGGAGAAAUUGUCUUGCUUUAGAAAAAUUCCAAUUCAAAACUGUAAUCUUAUUAAUUGCGAGAUUUUAUUAAUCAAAUUUAGUUUAAGGAAGUGCCUUUCACUUAUUAAACUCUUAUUAAACAAUUCUUGCUGUCCAAUUCCUUAUAAUCCGGUAUUAUGUUAUGUGAAAAUCUGUUCUAUAGCGAUAUUCAUUGACACGAAAUGAAACUAUUUUCGUCUUACAAAAUUUCAACAAAAUCUCAUGAAAUGCAUGAAUAUGAAAACGACAUUCCCUUGCAGUUACAGUAGUUAUUUUUUAGUGAAAUCAGUGAUUUAUGCUGCCCAUUCUUCUUAAAAAUGAAAUGAAAAUUCUGCUACGACCUCGUACUUGCUCACGUUGUUCCCUUCAACUUCAAUCAUUCCUGAGUUAUCAUCAGACGUACCUAGAUCAAUUGACCGUCUCGUUCAAACGAGCCUGUCUACUUUAAGUUAUUACAAUGUUGUUUUUUCAAGUAUAUUUAUCUCGCCAUUAUUUAUUCCCUGGCAACUAAUUAGUUGCACAGUUUUCUCCAUGUAUGUCAGAAAUUUAAAUCGCUUAUAAUAUUUUUUAUUCAUUAUUGUAUCAUAGAUUGUACACAUUCUUAUGGAAUGAACUUCCUCGCUAACAAUUGAUCAUAAAUAUCUCAUUUUUUUGGAUGCCAACGUUUCCGGUAUUCAGAAAGUGAGUUAGGAACAUGUUUUUUGUUUAGUUAUUUAUAGGGUUGUUAAGUAGCUCAAGGUAACAUUUGUGGUCUCAAUGCAGUUUGUUAUUUACAACAGAGAUAAUCGUUACCAUAGCGUUUAAUUAGUCAAACAGUGAAGACAAACCAACAGUAUUAUAAGUGAUUGUGAGUGGUUUUAUUUAGUAGUUAUUACAUCAUUUUCUCGUUAGCCUGAUUAACUUCAUGGUACUAAUCAAUCUGCCUAGACAUCAAAUAUGCUACGAAAAUUCAUGCAUUCCGUACAUUACCGGUAUGACUCGUAGGCAUUCAUUUAAUAUCAUAUUUAAAAGUUGCGUAUAAUUUUAUUAAAUCAUGAAAAAAACGUGUGUUCAGGGUUUUUUAGAAAAAAAUUCUUUUUAUAGAGUCGUGUGCGGGAUCUCAUAUGAUGCUUCCAGGUGAAAUAAUUUGUAGAUGAGAUAUAUACAGUAAUUCGCAAUUUGUUGUGUGUCCUCCACGUUAUCUUUUAAUCCCCAAAUAAAGUGCAAUUUCGAAUGGUGCUUUAUGCGACUCGUAAAUUUUGCAAUUCAUGAAUUACUGACGUGCCACAGGUCUGUUAAACGGGAUCAAGUUCCGUGAUGUUAAAGUAUUUAGUGUUGCUAGAGCUGAUUCAAGCUUCUCAAGUUUCGCGUGUGAUUCCAUGUGACACGCAAGUUGAUUUAUUUUAGAAGCUUCUCGUAUGAAUGAUUAGACAGGAAGAUCAAAUUUAGGAUUAUUUUGCAAUUUUGAGUCAUUUUUCGUGCGAGUGUCAAUCAUCGUGUACCAACAUAAUUACCAUUUUUAUCACUAAGAAUACAUUGAAUUACGCUUGUUACUUCGUGAUCUUUUGCGUUGGUAGACUCAUAAGGCCAGAUCUGGCACGAAUGGCACCCAGACUCUCGCAUGUGGCCGCCCAAUUUCUGAGGUCAUGUCUGUGAACAGGCCAUUAUGCUGCUACUUUUGCACCUUACCUUUUGCUGAUCAUUCUCCGCUAUUCUUACCAACGCUUAAAAAGAAAUUAUCCAUAAAGUGCAAAUAUUUUGUGCCUCUACAAUCAUUCCGUAUAUGGUUAUAUACAUGUUGUUAUUGUUUCAAUGUUAUUCCGUCAACACUGAGCAUAUUUUUUUCACCUUACCUUUUGCUGAUCCUUCGCUGUUAAUUCUUACCAACGCUUAAAAACAAACUAUGCAUAAAGUGCAAAUAUUUUGUGCCUCUACAAUCAUUCCGUAUACGGUUAUCUACAUGUUGUUAUUGUUUCAAUGUUAUUCCGUCAGCACUGAGCAUAUUUUUUGUAUUUCAUGAAGAAUUUUUUUCGGAUGUAACUCAAUGAUCAUUGAACAAUGCAGCAAAUUUGUUCAAGCGUGCUGACUUCCACCUUUUAUGCUGUUGCAAUAUAUAACGAUGCCCGGUGAUGUUUUUAUACCAAUGAUACAUAAUAUAU